CUCGAACCUCGAAGAUAACGUAAGUUUCCCAACUGGUCAUGGCGGUUGCUGGUGUGCUAGGAUCAAGACUCCGCAGGCUGCAGUGACAACUAGCAAGCACUCGAUCUGGCGUUGUUACCUUGAGAGCUGCGUGGCGAACGGGGAUGAAGCCGCUAAGGAAAGCUAGCCCGGAACGGAUAGUCUUGUCUCGAACCGCAGCUGGCGGAGAGUGAUCGGAUUCUAGGGUUUGCGCUAGCUCGGCCGUUGGGGUUUCGCUGCUUGGAAUUGUCUCCGUUGGUGCUGUUAGUUGGCAGCAUGCCGUGCCGUUAACGCGAGCGAACUACAGACCGUCGUACCGACGCGAACCUCGCUUGUGUUGCGUCGAGUCGAGUCGAGGCGUCGCGAAUCGUCGCUACGUUUGAGGGGUCUCGCUUCACUCGUUGCACACCACCACUCCGUGCUUCGCAUUGCGGCGGCUGACUUGUGAGAGAUUUCUGAGAGAUUUCUGAGAAUUCUCAAAAGUCUCGCUUCGAUCGCCGCACACCACCGCUCCGUGCUUCGCAUCGCGGCUGACUCGAGCCGCUUCAGAACGCCCUGAGAGCGCGCUCCUUCGCUCCGUCCGUUCGCGUCUUAAUCCGCUUCGAUUCCCGCUACAGUCCCCAAUGGACGACUACGAUGCUCUAGAUGAUUUCGACUUCGAGCAAACCCUCGGCCCCGGGCCGCUCCCGCCCUCCGCGCCCGCCUUCAGCACCGCCGUCCCCGCUCCUGCGGCCGGUGCGGCCGCGGCCGCGGAGCCGAGCGUCGGCCCUGGCGGACCCGGCGGGAAUUUCGGCGCAAGGCCCGAUGGGUUUGGCACGGGAUCGGCCCAGCACCCGCAACCCCCCUACCAGCAGCAGCAGCAGUUCCCCCAACAUCCGCACCAGCAGCACCAGCAACCGCACCAGCAGCCGCCGCAUGAUAUGGGCGGGCAUGGGGGGGGACAUGGGGGGGCGCACGGUGGUCCGCCUCCCCCGGGGGGGGGAUUCCGGCGGAACUACCGGCAGACGGUGUGCCGGCACUGGCUGCGCGGGCUGUGUAUGAAGGGCGCGGAGUGCGGGUUCCUGCACCAGUAUGACAAGAGCCGCAUGCCGGUGUGCCGGUACUUCGCGCGCUGGGGCGAGUGCAGGGAGCCGGACUGCGUGUACAAGCACACCAAUGAGGACGUGAAAGAAUGCAAUAUGUAUAAGCUUGGGUUCUGCCCGAACGGGCCGGAUUGUCGCUACCGACACCAAAAGCUGCCGGGACCUCCCCCCCCUGUGGAGGCCUUGGCGGAAAAGUUUCAGCUGCAGCUGCAGCAGCGCCCGCCCUUCCACUUCGCGGGGGGGAUGGGGGGCGGAGGGGGAGGGGGCAUGGGGGGAGGCAUGGGGGGAGGCAUGGGCGGAGAGGCGGGAGGAGGGAUAGGCGGUUCGGGGGCUGCUGAAAGGGGCGGUGGUGGUGGUGCUGCUGCUGCUGUUGCCGGUGGGGGAACAGGGGGAGGGCCGAUGCACAUGCCAAAUCAGGCAAACGUUCCGAAUCAGGCAAACGUUCCAAAUCAGGGGCACGUGCAAAGCCAGGGCCAGAUGACAAAUCAAGGGCACAUGGCCGGGCCUGGGAUGCAGCAGCAGCCAAACAUGGCAGGAGGAGGGAUGGGAGGAGGGGGGAUGGGGGGAGGAGGGAUGGGGGGAGGAGGAAUGGGGGGAGGAGGAAUGGGACCCGGAGGAACAGGAGGUAUGGGAGGAGGAGGAGGGGGAAUGGGAGGAGGAGGGGGAGGAGGGGGAGGGAUGCAUGGGGAUGCGAUGAUGAUGGAUGCACCUCAGGCAGCCAUGUCCCCGGUCGCACCAAUGAGUCUCGCCAUUCCUCCUCCGCCCGGCACCACAAGGUACUUCAUCGUGAAGAGCAACAACCUGGAGAACCUAGAGCUGUCGGCGCAGAGGGGCAUGUGGGCGACGCACCGCAACAACGAGGGCAAGCUGAACGAGGCGUACGAGUCGUGCGACAGCGUCAUCCUCAUCUUCUCCGUGAAUGAGACCAGGCAUUUUCAGGGCUGUGCGCUCAUGAUGUCGCGCAUAGGAGCGGUGGUGGGGGGAGGGCCGUGGAAGUACGCCCAGAGAAUGGGCAGCUACGGGCAGAACUUCCGGAUCAGAUGGCUGAAGCUGUGCGAGUUGUCGUUCAACAAGACGCGCCACCUGCGUAACCAGUACAAUGACAACCAGCCGGUCAAGAUCAGCCGCGACUGCCAGGAGGUGGAGCCUUGUGUGGGCGAGCAGCUCACUGCACUUCUGUAUCGCGAGCCAGACGCUCCCCUGCUGGCAACCGCACGGGAGGCAGAGAAGAAGAGAAUGAUGGAGCAGCAAGCACAGGCGCAGGGGAGAGGGGGCAUGGGGGGGGGCAUGGGGGGAGGGAUGGGAGGAGGGAUGGGGGCGGGCAUGGGAGGAGGCAUGGGCCACGGAAGUGGUGGAAGUGGGGGGAAGGGGGGGAGUGCAGGUGCGCGUCAGGCAGGGAACAAGAGAGGGAGUCAGAAGGAAGAGGAGGAGGAGGAGGAGGAGGAGGAGGAUGAUUCUGAUGAUGAUGAUGAUGAUGAUGAUGAUGAUGAUGAUGAUGAUGACGACGACGAUUCAGAUGAUGAUUCGGAUGAUGAGGAUGAGGAGGAGAGUGAGGAGGAGGAUGAGAAGGAGGGAGGGAGAAGGAAUGGGGCCAAAGUAGGGGCUCAGGCUUCGAGAGCGAGAGAGGGAGCAGCAGGAGCAGCAGGAGGAGGACGAGGGGGGGGGCAACCUGCAGGGGUGACUACUGGGGGAAGCACAGCAAAGGCUGGAAUGGGAGAGAGACAAGGGGGAAGCAGAACCGUGAAUGCCACCGGUAACCCUACGAGUGGUAACCCUAUGGUUGGUAACACCAAGAGCAGUGAUCCCAGGAUUGCUAGGAAUGUCGGUGCUUCUGGUGGGCGUGGCGGGGGUCCAGCCUUGGAGGGAGGUUCGGGGCGAGGCUCGGCCCAAGCCCGGGGCCCAACUGCAGCUGGUGCGGCUGACCAGCGGCGGAGCUUUGGUUCGGGCCAAAGCAACGGAGGUUCGGGAGGAGUGGGAGGGGAUGGGGAGAAGGGGAGAGGAGAGAAAAAGAGGGCUAUGGAUGGGGAAGGAGGUAGGAGUGAGAAGGGGAGUGUGGCAGAGAGGAGGGAUCCAAGAAUGCGAAGGGGAUAGAGGAAGGAGGGAUUGGAGGGAGGAGGGAUCCAAGGAUUGGAGGGAUUAAGCUGCUAUAGCAGACGUGUCUGUCUGCCUCCUUGCAGUAUGUGGCCUAGACCUCACCAAGUGCGUGUGUGAACUGGUGCUACUAUACUUCGUAGGUGACUUCCCGUAGAUGAAUCAUGAUAUGGACAGUAGGUCAGAAGGAGGUGUUCCUUGAUACAUAAUUUAGGGCUACUUGGAAGUCUGACAGCCUACUAGUACUAACCCUGUGUUCUCAGCUACCCUGAGUUGUAGCUUGCUGUAUCACUGUUUAGCGUUCUGGUACGUGAACUCUAUCCAAUUCUUU